UGAAUCAUCUUUCCAUAUUGAGGCAAAAAAUUAUAAUUUGGAGAAUUGAGAUAUCGAUUUUUCCAGAACUCUUCUCGAUCUAAUAAACAUAUAAGCUGAGAUGUUCAAAUAAUUUUCUCAACGCUUAUAAUGUUGGUGAUGCCUCUUGGCCAUUUUUGUUUCUAUCUGGUUUGUAUCAAUUGCAAGUUGUGUGAGCAGAACUUGUCUCUCAUGUACAAUUGCAACACUCAACCUGAAAUCCAAGUUUCAGAUGAGGAGGGUUUGGUCUGAGGCUGUGUGCGGAUGAGGUGCAAAGGGACGGUCGACUUAGUGGAACGAAGUGGUUGCCAGACGUGCAUGACUCAUCUCUGGACGCACGAGGCUAGCUUUGCUGAUUGGAACUCGGUCAUGAUGCUUUAAUCGUCGUGAACAAGGUAGUUUAAAAAAAAAAAAAUUCUUUACGUGGCUUCCAAUCCCAUCCUUCUAUUACUCAAAUGGGCCCCACACAAACUAUGAGUACGAAAAGUACUGCACGAGCAUACCUCCCCUCCGGCAAACGCCGCCUCCCGCAAUGCGCUUGCCCAUAUCCGCCGUCCAAAAAAAUUCAUGUCCUAAGUAAGACCCUACGAUCCAAAGGGGCCUUCCAAUUGGACGACUGGAUCAGUUUGGACUAAAUGAACCAUAUAAUACAGACGGCCAACAUAAAACACCCUUCCUCGUCCCUGCCUUCGAGUUGUCGUCACCAGCCACGCAAUGACAAACUCCAAUCAAUUCCCUUGUUCUGAUGCUCUCUCUCAUGCUCUCACACGCAACACCUACAACAACCCACCAACCAAGCAAGGAACUCUCUCUCUUCGUCGCUCUCUCUCUCUCGAAGGAAGAGCAGUAAAAAUAGUCUAAUAGAGCUCCCUUCUGUCUAUUUCCUUUCUCUAGAUAGAGAAAACAACAAGAGGAGCUUUAAUUGAGCUCUCAAGAAGAGCAAGGAAAGAAACCGAAGAACAACAGUAAUCUAGAGUUUGUAUAUAUAAAUAUAUAAAUAUAUUUAUUUAUAAUUGUGAAUGGAGGAAGAAGAGGAAUCCUUAUUGCCCCAAUUUCUCCGCUUUCGACUCUCCAAUCCUCUCCCCUUCUCUUCCUCCGAGAUCGAAGAUCCUCUGCUCCCCUCCACCUCCUCCACCAUCGAUCCAUGCUCCCGCCGGAAGUCCGCCCUCCACCGCUCCCGCACUGCCCCCGCCAUCGCCGUCAUGCGCGACCUCCUCCCCACCAACACCUCCUCCUCCUCCAUGCCCAACUUCGGCUCCGCCAGCUCCAUCCUUAAGAGCUCCUCCAUUCUUCUUCUCGUCUACUUGUCUCUCGGGGUACUGGUCUAUUCCAUCAACCCCCAGGGCUUCUCCGGCGUCGAGACGCACCCCGCCAUCGACGCACUCUACUUCUGCAUCGUCACCCUCUGCACCAUCGGCUACGGCGACAUCCACCCCCUCACCCCCGCCACCAAGGCCUUCUCGUGCGUCUUCGUCCUCGUCGGCUUCGGCCUCAUCGACGUCCUCCUCUCCGGCGCCGUCAAUUACGUCCUCGACGUACAGGAGAAUCUCAUCCUCGCCACCGCCCGUGCCAGUGGUGCCGGUGCCGGCGCCGCCAGUUACGUGUUCGACGCCGAGAAGGGGCGGAUGCGGAUCAGGAUGAAGGUCGCUCUCGCGAUCGGCGUCGUCCUGCUCUGCGUCGGGGUGGGGACGCUAGCUCUGUACCUGGUGGAGGAUCUCGACUGGAUGGACUGUGUGUAUCUGUCGGUGAUGUCGGUGACGACGGUCGGGUACGGGGACCGGGCCUUCAAGACGCUGCCGGGCAGGAUUUUUGCUUCCUUGUGGCUUUUGGUGUCGACCCUGGCGGUGGCGAGGGCGUUUCUCUACUUGGCGGAGGCUAGGAUUGAUAAGCGGCACCGGAGGAUUGCCAAGUGGGUGCUGCACAGGGACUUGACAGUAGAGGAUUUGCUUGCCGCUGAUCUAAACCAGAAUGGCUUCAUCAGUAAAUCAGAGUUUGUGAUAUACAAGCUCAAGGAGAUGGGGAAGAUUGGAGAGAGAGACAUACUGCAAAUCUGCAACCAGUUCAACAAGCUCGACCCCAACAACAUAGGAAAGAUAACCCUCCUCGAUCUAUUGAAUGCCUCUAGAUGACACCAGAGGAGAUGUUUCGCCAUGUACGACUCCAGCUCAGCAGUAGCAUUUGUUGCUCUCCAAAGAAAUGAGGGCAAAAUAGUUCACUAUCGUGUUAUUUUACUAUAUACAAUUAUAGCAAAUUUAAAUAGAAUGACAAUUCUUCUUUCAUUCCCUUCAAUUUUUCAACAAGAAGAAUUAUGUGGGAAGGAAAUUUACAGAGG